CUAGCUCUAUCCCACAGUGCAUCUCGCUGCGCAGUGACGAAGACCACAACAACAAAACACAGUAGCGUUAGCCUGCUGCUGGAAUAUUAGCUUGUGUUACACAACUCCAAAGGAAGGGGUCGAUGUCAGCAGGAAUAUUAAUUAAUCAGUAAAUCGUAAUUUACACGACGAACAAUAUGAACCGUUUCAUUAAAAAUGACAUAGACCUGCCUUGAAUCAAGGUUGUAUGUCAAAUAAAAGCAGUGUAAAUAUUAAGCAAACAAGGUUGCUAUUUUCAGCUAAUUCUCUUGCGAGGUAACGUUAGCUAGCCUUUAUGCAUAGCUAGCUGGCUCAACCCUAUCAAUAAGCUAGGAAGUUAUGCUAGCUCGCCAAAGCAGAGGAUGCGAUUUAUCAAGCGGAGACAUGCAGAUGGAUUUUAACAACAGACAUUGAUGUUCAACGUGGUGAACAUCAGCUAUUGGUGUCAAGACUACAUUUGCAGCAAGUCAAGGACUAAAUGAACCAGGAAGGCAGAGCUACAGAGUUUUGGAGAAUUCAACAUGAAGUUGUAUGUGUUCCAGGUCAACAAUGGAAGCACACUUACUUUUGAUACUGAACUUGCCGUCCAAACGGUGGGAGAUCUCAAACAUGCCAUCCAGGUCAAAUACAAGAUUGCAACUCAGCACCAGGUCCUGGUGGUCAACGGAGGGGAGUGCAUGGUUGCAGAUCGACGAGUUUGCAGCUACAGUGCAGGCACUGAAACCAACCCCAUCUUCCUGUUCAAUAAGGAGAUGAUUCUGUGUGACCGUGCCCCCACCAUCCCCAAGACCACCUUCUCCAUCGAGAACGAGAUGGAGCUGAAGGUGGAGGAGUCUCUCAUGAUGCCAGCAGUCUUUCACACCGUUGCCUCACGAACACAACUUGCAGUGGAAAUGUAUGAAGUUGCCAAGAAGCUUUGCUCCUUCUGUGAACGCCUGGUACAUGAUGAACAUCUGCAGCACCAAGGCUGGGCCGCUAUCAUGGCAAACCUCGAUGACUGCACGCUAUCCUAUCAAAAGCUCCUCUUGAAGUUUGACGCAGCUUACAUGAACUAUCAGCAAGACUUUGAGGACAUCAAAAUAAAACUUACCAAACUGGGGACGGCUGUAUCAGUCAUGGCCAAGAUUCCUCUGCUGGAGUGCUUGACCCGUCACAGCUACCGCGAGAACCUGGGGAAGUCCAGCUCGCCCGCGCAGAGGCCAGGGGGGGAUGAGGAGGAGGAGGAGGACGACGACGAAGAGGAGGAGCGCUCGGCCCAGUCGGUCACGCCCCGCGGCACCGACGCACUGAGGAGCGCUCCUUCCUUCACCGCCGCGGGCGGAGCUUCUCCCCAGGCGGCAGACGUCUCCCGCGGCGACGGACAGAUGACGGACAGCAGCGAGCUGAAGUCGGCGAUGCAGGAGGCGGACUCGCCCGAGAAGGGGCCCUGCACCGGCCUGUCCUUCAACGUCACCCUACUAGACUGGAUCAACGUCCAGGACCGGCCCAAUGACGUGGAGUCGGUGGUGCGCAAGUGUUUCGAUUCCAUCAACAGGUUGGACCCACGUAUCAUUCAGCCAUUCUUAGGAGAUUGCCGGGAUACGAUUGCCAAACUGGAUAAUCAGAACAUGAAGGCCAUCAAAGGGCUGGAGGACCGACUGUAUGCCCUCGACCAAAUGAUUGCAAGCUGUAAAAAGUUAGUCAAUGAACAGAAGGAACUUGCUCAGGGAUUUCUGGCCAAUCAGCAGAGGGCUGAAAACCUGAAGGACACCUCUGUGCUGCCGGACCUGUGUCUGAGUCACGCGAACCAGCUGAUGAUCAUGCUGACCAACCACAGGAAGCUGCUGGAUAUCAAACAGAAGUGCACCACUGCCAAACAGGAACUCGCUAACAACCUACAAGUCCGUCUCAAAUGGUGCUGCUACGUCAUGCUCCACGCGGACCAGGACGGGGAGAAGCUGCAGGCGCUGCUCAGGCUGCUUACGGAGCUGCUGGAGAGGGUGCGCGUGGUGGACGCCCUCAGCACCGUCCCCCAAAUGUACUGCCUGGCCGUGGUGGAGGUGGUCAGGAGGAAGAUGUUCAUCAGACACUACAGAGCGUGGGCCAUUGCACUUGUGAAGGAUGGAAAACGCCUCUAUGAAGCUGAAAAGGUCAAGAGGGAAACCUUUGGGAAGUUAUUCAGGAAGUCAUUCCUCAGAAAUCGUCUGUUUCGAGGACUUGAUUCAUGGCCUCCUCUGUCAUUUUGCACUCGAAAGCCUCGCAAGUUUGAUUUUGACCUUCCAGACAUCUCUCUUGAGGACCUGCAGUAUCUGAAGUCCAGCUGUCCUUACGAAGUUCAGCCUUUCCUCAGGGUUCCUACGCUGUGUGACUUUGAGCCUUUGAAUCGGCAUGUUGAGAUGCUCCAUCAGUUGGUCCAGGCUGCUCAAAGUGUAGACGAGAUGUCUCAAACCAUCACUGACUUACUAAGCCAACAAAAGACUUCUGGCAGCCAGAGUGCACAGAGGUCUUCCUCGUCGGCCCCCCGAUCGGAAAGCACAACGGGGACCACGCCUACCUCCUCCUCCAAAACACUAUCCUCCCUCAGCAUCCCGCCCCCCGGCGCCAGCCAAGCCCUGCUUGUCCCCGCGGUCCUGGAGGACCUGUCCCCCGACAGCAUAGACGCCCACACCUUCGACUUCGAAACCAUCGGGCACCCCAACAUGGACCCCGUCCUGCAGCAGGGCUCCCUGGACCUGGACUCCCUCGCCGAGAGCCCCGAGUCGGACUUCAUGUCGGCGGUGAACGAGUUCGUGAUCGAGGAGAACCUGACCUCGCCGAACCCCAUAAGCGACCCCUGCAGCCCCGAGAUGAUGGUGGAGUCGCUCUACUCGUCCGUCAUCAACGCCAUCGACAGCAAGCGCAUCCUGGACACGACCACGCUGGAGCGGGAGAACUCGCGCAUCGCCACGCUCCGGCUGUGCGCCGACCGCUACCGGGCGGCGGCCGAGGAAUCCCAGAGCAACCUGAGGAGCGUGAAAGACGACCUGCACCACUUCCGCGGACUGGUCGCCAGGGAGCAGCGGGACUUCGGCUUCGCCCUGAAGACCAUGACGGUGGAGGUGCGCGACGUCGUCGGCCGCCUCCGCCACUGCCACGAGGAGGAGGUCCGCGAGGGCCACCGGAGCGAGCUGGAGAGCCUGAAGCGGGACCACGAGGGGCAGGCGCUCUCGCUCAGCGAGGAGCUGGAGGCCAGCCGCGGCGUCGUGCGCGACGUGCAGAGGGCCAUGCUGGAGCUGGAGGGCCUGGUGGAGCACAAGGAGAAGGACAUCGCCCAGCUGGAGGGCGACCGAGAGCGGGCGCUGGACGAGCUCCGGAGCGCCCACCAGCACACCCUCCAGGACCUGGAGCGUAAGAUGUCGGAGCAGGCCGAGGAGAUCAAAGCCGCCCAGGCCUCCCGAGACGAACUGGCGAAGGACCUCCGGCAGGAGAUGGAGCUCACCCGGGAGACGGUGUGCCAGGAGAUGCGGGAGGUGGAGGAGGAGCGCCUGCGGGAGCUGGAGGAGACUCUGGGCCAGCGGCAGAGCGCCAGGCUGGAGGCCGAGCAGCGGGAGCACCGGGACGCUCUGGACCGCCUGGCCCAGGAGCACCAGGCCCAGCUGCAGGGCCAGCAGGAGCUCCACGGCCAGCAGCGGACUGAGCUCGAGAGCCGGCUCCUGGAGCUGGCCCGCGCGUCGGAGCUGGCGGACGUCCGCUGCAAGCUGGAGGUGGAGAUGGCACUCAAGGAGUCCGAGACCGAGGACAUGCGGCUCCAGUACGAGGAGGCCAAGGUGCAGCAGGAGGAGGACCUGAAGGGCCACGUGGACGCGCAGACCGAGGAGCUGCAGCACGAGGUGGAGAGCCUGUCGCGGCAGCUGCAGCAGAAGAACGAGGAGCACGAGGUGGGCCUGGCCGAGCUGCGCGCGCUCAUGCGCCGCGAGAAGGACCACUGCAUAUCCGAGCUGGUGGAGCGGCACGAGGAGGAGAGCAUCACGCUCCGCGCCGAGGUCGCCGCCCUGCAGCGGAGCGCCGAGGAGGCGCAGCGGGAGGCCGAGGAGCGGCUGAGGAGGCUCCUGCAGGAGCGGGACGAGCAGGAGGAGGAGCGGAGGCAGAGCUCCGAGGAGCAGGAGACGCAGCUGACGGCGCAGCUCAGCGACCUGCAGGCGGAGAACAUGCUCCUGGCCGAGAGGUGCCAGCAGGGGAGGCUGCAGGAGAAGGAGGAGACGGAGGAGGCCGUCAGGGCGGCGCUGGCCGAAGCCUUAAGAGACUUUGAACUCCAAAAGGAGGAGUUGGAGAAAAGACUGUUAGAACAAAUUGAAGUACUUGAAAAGCAGCUCCAAGAGGGACAAUCCACUGACAGGGUGUCAUUCUUGGAGGAGCCAGCGGAGGGCAGCAGAGGGUCGACAGGAGCGGCGGUGUCUCUGGACACGGCUCUGCAGGAGCAGCUCCACGAGAAGCUGACGGAAGAGAACGCCGCCCUGCUGGCCAGACUGGAGCAGCUCGAGCACCGCAAGAACGAGGAGGUGCAGACACUGAAGACCUCGCUCAUCGCUGAGCAGCAGACUAAUUUCAACACGGUUCUGACGCGUGAGAAACUGAAGAAGGAGCAGAUCAUCAAUGAGCUGAAUGAUAGCUCCGGGAAAGGUCCACCCGAGCACUGGAAUGAUUUAAGGUUUACAGCAGAGUUGGUGAUGGGCCAUGCCAUUGGCAAGGCAUUCUCUCUGCCUCUGAAUGUGGUUCUGAACUGUGCUGUGUCCCUGUCAGGCCUGAUCGAGACGCUGUCGGAGGACCGCGCCUCCAUCAUGCAGGAGAAGAAGCACCUGGAGGAGGAGCUGAACCGGCUGCGCAGUGGCGUCCUCAUCUCCUCCGCCUACUUCCACUCCUCCGCCGCGGGCACCUCCGCGGGCACCUCCUCCGUCUGCGCCUCCGGCCAAGGCCCCUCCGAGCCCGCGGGCGCCGUCGGCGGAGACCUGCCCCUCAUCCUCCAGGACCCCGCCGACCCCGAGAGGCUGGCCUCGGUCGCCUGUCUCCGUGACGACGAGAGGGUGGACCCCGCCAUCGAUGCUAGCAUGAUGACAGCGCAUGAUAACAUGCUGCUGCUGUCGGAGGAGAAGCAACGCAUCCUCAUGUUGGAGCGGACUCUACACAUGAAGGAGGAGGAGAACAAACGGCUGAGCCAGAGACUGAUGUCCCAGAGCAUGUCUUCGGUGUCUUCCAGACAUUCAGAGAAGAUUGCUAUUCGAGAUUUCCAGGUCGGGGACUUGGUGCUGAUCAUCCUGGACGAGCGCCAUGAGAACUACGUUCUCUUCACCGUGGGCCCCACCCUCUACUUCCUCCACUCCGAGUCCCUCAGUGCACUGGACCUCAAACCAGCGCUGGGCGCCUCUCGAAGACCUUGGGUUCUUGGGAAAGUCAUGGAGAAGGAGUAUUGUCAAGCGAAGAAGGCUCAGAACCGGUUCAAGGUUCCUCUUGGCACCAAGUUCUACAGAGUGAAGGCAGUGCCGUGGAACAAGAAAGUGUAGUGUCGCUAAGUUGUGAGAUAUUGUAUAUGUUUAUAUUGCCUACGUUGAAAACAAAACCAAGAAGAAAAAAAAACAGUCUCACGUCAUCUAUGAUUCUCAUCAGCGAAGGAAAAGAGAUCAGCAACCGGAAAGACAUCGUCAUAAUCAUGAGAGUUUUUGCUCUCCCUCGCAAGACCCCAUAUUUUCCUCUCUUUCUCUCUCUCCUUUUUUUUUUUAAAUCCGGAAGAUUUGUAAAUUGUGGACCAAAUACCUUUCUUUACCAGGGCAUGCCCUAAACAUAUUGGCCAAAAAGCCUUCAUACCUGUCUGUACAAUUAACUAAAAGUAUUUGGAUGUUAUAUAUUAGUUCACAGCAUUAUUCGCAUAUGUCCAUAAUUUGUGGAAAAUACUGUAUCAUAAUCAGCCUAAUUACUUUGUAAGGUUCUGAAAGUAUACAUUUAUUAUAAAUGUCUAUGGAGGAAUGUUCAUGGCAUGCAUAUAGAUAUUAUAUUUUCUUUAAUUUACUUCUCCUGAUACGUGUCUUGGUGGGAAAUGUAGGUUAUAUGCUGUUUGUUACUCACAGUAUGACCCUCUGUCGAUAAUUACAUUUAAAUAGUUUUUUUUUUUUUUUUUCUUGACUGACUCGCCGCAUGGAGCAGUGGUCAAACGCAAUCUUUCAAAUGCACUUUCAGAACAGAGAAAACAAACAAACUAAUGCUUUUGUUGACACAAAAGGGAAGAAACUGUGCCGUUCAAAAGAAGACGACGGAGAAAAAAAAAGAAAUAAACUUACGAUGACGGCGCAGUACUUCCCACUAUUAGAGAACAUUGACAUGUAGAAAGGAUAUAUUUAAUGUUUUUGUGGCUGUGUGUCUACCGGAUUGAACAUGCCAUUGUACAUUACUCAUCAAAUCACACACACACACGUAACAAAAGAGGAAAUGACUGUAUUGUAAAAGAAUUUAGAGUUCUCAAACAAUAAAGGUUUGAUCCAAACACAUUCUAAGCGGAAGGUGAUUACAGAGGCGCAUCUCCACAUGAGAGUGUGCCUAUUACCAGUGGUGCUCCAUUCACUUUCUAACAUUUGAAAAUAAAUCCCAUGAACUUCAAGGA